AUGACCUCCUCCGACGCCGACGAUGCAUCUCCCUCGCCGGAUUACAGCGGGGACCUGGACGACACCGACAUGGCUGCUGAACAGCGACUCGAACACUCCUCGGGCGGCGCAUCGCCUGCCCCGAAGACGACCAACGGCGCAAAGCCCGCCUCGAAUGCAAAGGACCCGUUGCGGCCGCGAAGGAAGAAGGCGCGCAGGGCGUGUUUUGCCUGCCAACGCGCCCACCUGACGUGUGGCGACGAACGACCAUGCAACCGCUGCAUCAAGCGCGGACUCCAGGACCACUGCAUGGACGGCGUGCGCAAAAAGGCAAAGUACCUCCACGAUGCGCCGGAUGGCGCUCUCAUGCCCGGUGUGGGCGGACACUAUCCCUACAUGAACGGGAACCGCCCUACACCCAUCCCAAACCAGGACACCCAACCCGUUGCCUUGGCUCAGCAAAGCAACCAUUACGUCCAGCCACCACCCACGACCUUCUACUCGCCAAGCUCCAUACCAGCCUCGAUGCCAGCAACGCAAGACGUUCAGAUGUACAACAGCCAGCAAUCUCCAAUAUCGCCUCCAUUCACCCAAUCUCAUCAAGUCUCGGUGUCCAAUGUCCCGAGCACCAUGGCCCAAGGCCAGCCAGGAGCGAUGCAGCAGUUUGGAGGAGCCCUGUUCGACCCAAGCGAUCCAGCCCUGUUCAAUUUCGACAUCUCCAACUUGAACUUUGGGAACCACUACGGUGCUCUGGAGUUUGGCAUGCUCAACCACAUGUCGUCAGGCGCAGCCGAGACGCCACCCCAUGAAAACGGCAUGUUGAAUCCUAUGAACCAGGCUGCGAACAUGUACAACCCGCCAGUGUCGGCAAGCUAUGGCGACCACCAGACGGACAUGUCCUACGCAAAUGGGCUUCCAACGAGCGAAUGGCAAGACACGCAGUCCCGGCAUGGUAGUAUGCACGUGCAGACGCCGAACAACACCCCGGCUACUGCAACCAUAGAUCACUUCGGUCAUCACCGUGACAGUAUACACGGCCCACACGCUUUUGCGAUAGGUCAAGGCCCUGCGAGUCACUCGACAGCAAGUCCAGCAUCAACAGACGCCAAUUCGGGGCUGGAGAAUGACAACCCAAUGGCAUCUGCUAGGUUCUUCGCUCACCCCACUCAGCCCCACGCUCAGCGAUCACCAACAGUCAGCCGGCAGCAACAAGAAAACCGACGAUCGAACGUGGCCUUACAACCCCUCCACUCCAACGGCAUGCGGAAACGGCAGCGAGACACCAAGGCCAUCUACCAAGGCAUCACCAAGCCCUACGACUACGUCAAGGGCUGGCACAACAUCUUCCACGUCAUCUCCAAGAGGUACUCAAAAGCCUGGGUAGCCAAAGCACAAGUAUACUUCCAAAGCUUCCGGCCCGUCCUCCUCAACGUGCGCGAAGAGCUCGACAGAGACGACCUCAUCCACCAAGAAAAGAGUCUGCAGCGCAACCUCCUAACCCUGCAAGAGCACUUCGCCGAAGUCGGCACCCCCUUCCUCAUCUGCCGCCGCUCAGGCGAAGUCGUCGGCAUGAACAAAGAAUUACAAAUCCUCACCGGCUGGAAACGCGAAGUCCUCAUCGGCCAGGAACCAAACAUGAACAUCAACCUCGGCAGCAACAGUACAAACCGCGACGCAGACGACAGCGAAAUGUCAACACAAACAAACACCACCCCCACCAUGGCCCCGCAAGACACAGACUCCGGCCUCCAACCCGUCAACAUCCUCGAACUCAUGGACGGAAAAUCCGCCCUAGAGUACCUAGAGCACUUCUCCGAACUGUGCUACCAGGAUUCCCGUGGCUUUGCGCAACAGCGCGUUAAUAUGCUGCGCUACCAGACGAAAGGCGAUGUUGAGCGCUCGGCGGAACUUAGGUCCGUGGCGCUUGCGGAGCCGAUUGUUAAGGUUGAGGGGGGCGCGACGGUGCAUCAGGGGGAGAGUGCGAUGCAGAGGUUGGGCGGGAGGAGUGGGCUGGUGGAUUGUAUGAUUUGGUGGCAUAUUAAGAGGGAUACUUUUGAUAUUCCUAUGUUGGUGUGCAUGUCGGUUAUGCCUGUGCUGGAUAAGGGACUGCAGUAG